CAGUCCAAGGCAGGCAGGCGCCUUCCCUUCCGAGCAGCCAUGACCGACAGGAGGGAGAGGCAGCCGGACAAGAGAGACGAGGAACUGCCCGCUUACUUUGCCUCCCUGGGCACCGGGAGCCCCCAGCCCCGGCAGAAAUACGGCGGCAUGUUUUGCAACGUGGAGGGGGCCUUUGAGAAUAAAACUCUGGACUUCGAGUCUCUCCGAGGAGGGAAGGGAGACAGCCAGCCGUCCAGCCGCGCAACUCUCAGCCGGCGCUCCAGCGACUCCGAGGGGAAGAGCGAAGCCAGCAGCGGGAGCCGGAGCACCCCCAUCCUCACGCCCGCGGGGUCCCCGGCUUUCCCCCCUAUACUUGGAGCAACAGCGGAGGACCUACCCAAUGGCUGCCAUCAGAGUGAUCGGCUGCUCAUCAAAGGAGGGAAGAUUGUAAACGAUGACCAGUCGUUUUAUGCAGAUAUCUAUGUGGAAGAUGGCUUGAUUAAACAAAUUGGGGAAAAUCUGAUUGUUCCUGGAGGUAUAAAAACAAUGGAUGCCUAUGGCCAGCUAGUUAUGCCUGGCGGAAUAGAUGUACACACUAGAUUACAGAUGCCUGUGAUGGGAAUGACCUCUGCUGAUGACUUCUAUCAAGGGACAAAAGCUGCUCUGGCAGGAGGAACCACCAUGAUACUUGACCAUGUGUUCCCUGAAUCUGGAGCAAACCUCUUGACUGCCUAUGAUCAAUGGAGAGAGUGUGCUGACAGUAAAGCCUGCUGUGAUUAUUCUCUGCAUAUUGAUAUCACCCGCUGGCAUGAGAGCAUAAAAGAAGAGCUGGAGGCUCUUGUUAAAGACAAAGGUGUGAACUCCUUUCUUGUUUUCAUGGCAUAUAAAGACAAACUCCAGUGCACUGAUGCUCAGAUGUAUGAGAUAUUCAGCAUCAUUCGAGAUCUAGGUGCCAUUGCGCAAGUGCAUGCUGAAAAUGGAGACAUCGUUGAUGAGGAGCAAAAAAGACUAUUGGAUCUUGGAAUUACUGGCCCAGAGGGUCAUGUGCUGAGUCAUCCAGAAGAGGUUGAAACGGAGGCAGUGUACCGUGCUAUCACAAUAGCAAAGCAAGCCAAUUGCCCUUUAUAUGUCACAAAAGUCAUGAGCAAAGGGGCUGCUGACGUCAUUGCACAAGCCAAGCGGAAAGGGACAGUUGUAUAUGGAGAGCCAAUCACAGCCAGCCUGGGUACUGAUGGCUCACAUUACUGGAGUAAGAAUUGGGCAAAAGCUGCAGCUUUCGUUACAUCUCCUCCCAUUAGCCCAGACCCCAUGACCCCUGAUUAUCUGACUUCACUGCUAUCAUGUGGGGACCUCCAAGUGGUAGGGAGUUCUCACUGCACCUUCACCACAGCACAGAAGGCAGUGGGAAAGGAUAAUUUCACCCUCAUCCCAGAAGGAACAAAUGGCACUGAAGAGAGAAUGUCCAUCAUAUGGGAAAAAUGUGUGGCAACAGGAAAGAUGGACGAAAAUGAAUUUGUAGCUGUGACCAGUACGAAUGCAGCAAAGAUUUUCAACUUUUACCCCAGGAAAGGACGGAUUGCUGUUGGUUCUGAUGCUGAUUUGAUUAUUUGGAAUCCAAAAGCUACAAAGAUCAUUUCUGCAAAAACUCAUAACUUGAAUGUGGAGUACAAUAUAUUUGAAGGAACAGAAUGUCACGGUGUCCCUACUGUGGUUAUAAGCCAAGGAAAGGUUGUGUUGGAAGAUGGAAAUCUGUUUGUCAGCCAAGGUGUUGGCCGUUUCAUUCCUCGAAAGACAUUCCCUGAUUUUGUCUACAAAAGAAUAAAAGCGAGAAACAGGCUUGCAGAAAUCCAUGGUGUUCCUCGUGGGCUUUAUGACGGACCGGUUCACGAUGUCAUUGUAACAGCUAAAGCUGUGGCUCCAGCUCCUACCUCAAGAAUAGCUCCUUGUUCAGGCAAGAUAACAGUUCCUCCGAUGCGUAACCUACAUCAGUCAGGCUUCAGCUUGUCUGGAUCUCAAGCAGAUGACCACAUUGCAAGGCGCACGGCACAGAAAAUCAUUGCACCCCCAGGUGGACGUUCCAAUAUUACAUCUCUGUCUUAAUGUUUCAAAACCGAAUAGUCUUUCCACAUAACACUAAAGCUAACUCUGUGGGUGUGGUUCAGCCAUACUUCAACAGUUAAGUCCCACUGGUUUCCAUGGGAGAGUUAAGCAUAUGCUUAAAUCUUUGGCCAUAUUUUCCAGUGGGGCUUAAAGGUGCUUAACUGUGGCUGGUUUUGCUCCCUGGGUACCACUGGAGAGCUGCAUUUACGUUACUUUUAAAUGACAGAUGUUGUAUUCUUAAAUAUCCUGCCUUGUUACACUACCCAAGAUCGUCUUGCUUUGUAAACUACAAUUAGCAAAAGAAAGGAGAACUUUUACAUAAUAUUAUGGAUAUUUUACACUGCCAGAUUAAAGGGCUGGGAUGGAAGUGUACAACACCAGAAUAGGAAAAUAAUUUGCCUUCUUACUCAGGAUAAAAUUUCCCACCCCUUCUCCUCUGUAGAAAAUAAGUACAUCCUUCCCCAGUGUAUAGAUCUCCUUAAAUACUAUAGGUAAAUCCUCCAAUUUUUAGCAAAUUUUCAGAGACAAGCAUGCAAAGGUGUGAAAUUCUAGUAUUUUUAAAUUGCAUUCAGAACGGCUAGCUAUGUAUUACAACAACAGCAUAACUGAAUAUAGAUUUGGGAUUCGUGUCCAUCAGUAUGAUAAUGAGGAAUACUGGGGAAUAAACCCGUGUCUUUUUAAACAUAUAUUCUAGGCUUUUCUUUUUACUAAAAUUAAUCCAACACUGAACACUGUUCUCCCAUCUGCCAGCAUAAUAGUAGCUUUUAUUUAGUGUCCUUCACCAUGGUGUUCUCUAAAAAACUGAAUAAACCAUGGUUGGGGGUUAAUUACAAGCUGGGAUAUGAAAGCAGCUUUUGGAAAGGAUUUUUCAAAUGAUGGUAUGAGGUAGUCAUGGUUCAAGUGAUCCAUUUGCGCUAGACAGACCUUGGUUGAGACAGUCAUCUCUUCAGACUCUGCUUGCAAGAUGACAAGAGAUCUCACUGUUAGGGGCAGGACUUAACUCAGCAAGCUGAGCUACUUUUUCACUCUACAUUUGAGAUCUUAACCAGAUUUAUGGCAGCAAAUCAUGGUUCACAAUAAUCAUGCUGAAGCUUUUAGUCUGCGCCCGCUGCCAACAUCUUCCUUUGCUUCUAGUGCUCAUACAUAUAGAUCCCUAUUUGAGACUCAUGCUCUAAAUCUGAGAGUUGCAGUUUACCAGUAAUGAUAUUCUAAGCCACCAGUGGCUUAUGCCAGACUUUGAUUAUGUCUGUAAGAUCUCACUGUUAAAUCCUUGAACAUGUUUAGGAACCAUUCUCAUGCAAUAUCAUUGUGGCAGCAUGGAUAUAACAAAUACAAAGUGUUGUCUAAAUGUUCAUGGAAUUAGAUGUCAUAGUGUCGCUUUAGAGCGGGUAUAAAAACACAUCUAGACUUGGGGGGAUAGCUGAAUUUCUGAAACCUGACACAAUUGUGGAAGUGCCAGUGUGUUUUUAGUCUUUUUAUUAGUCUUGGAUUUUUAAAAGCGAUUAUUUAUACAGGUUUUUUUUCCAGUUACCAAGUGUAAGCCUUCUUAUAAACCAGGCAGUGGGUUCAUUUGGAGGCUGUUUUCAUACAGUGAACUUUUUACAAAGUGUAUAACAGGUUUAUUAUAUUUAAAGCUAUGUACAGCAAAAGUGAUCUUAUAUAUUCCAUAUCAUUUCCAUAAAACUAUGCAUGUGACUGACUAUACAAAAUAACUCUUUUUUUGUUCUUGUUGCUUUGGUUUUUUUUCCCCCCUUUUCAUUACUUACAUUCAAUAAAGUUUUUCGGAAAUUGGUUAAAUGAUAAAGCCA